AUGGGUAAUAACGUUAGUGAUAAUCGGUUUAAUAGCUUUAAUAAUAAACACAAUAAAAAAUUUAGAUUUAAAAAAUUUACAAAUGUACCUUCAUUAAACUCAAAAAGUUCAAAGAAUUCUCGACACUCAUCGAAAAAGUCAGACGAAAUUAAUGUUUAUAUUGAUGGUAGAAGGUAUCUCGAAAAUUCAAAAUACUCUUUACCAAACGAUGACGAGGAGGCUGAUAGAUUACACAUGCAACAUUACGUUACGAGAUUUAUAUGGCAAAAAAAUUUUUGUUCUCCAGUAAAAAAUUUAUUAAAUUAUGGAAAUGCGCAAGUUUUAGAUGUCGGCGGGACAUGGAUUCUUGAGAUGGCUUCUGAAUUUCCACAAUCACAAUUUACAGGAAUAGACAUUUCGCCAAUGUAUCCAUCACAAGUUAAACCUGGCAAUGUAGAAUUUUUACAAGUCGAUGUUUUAAAAGGUUUACCUUUCAAUGACAAUACGUUUGACUUUGUGGUUAUAAGAAAUAUGAUAACUGCGUUUUCAUUAAGUGAUUGGAAAUUUUGUAUACAAGAAUUAAUCAGGGUCACUAAACCAGGUGGAUAUAUCGAGAGUUCCGAAUUUGAAAUUCCUGCGUUGAAUAGAGGACCUGUUUCAAAAAGAAUGUCAGAUGCAUGGAUUGCAAUAAUGAAAACCAAAGAUAUUGAUAUAACAUAUUCGAAUAAGCUCGAAGAACUUUUUGCAUCAUAUGAAAGUUUAACAAACAUCAGGCAUAAAAUGAGGCUACUUCCUAUAGGUAAAUGGGGUGAAAGAGUCGGUGAAAUUAUGUCGGAAGAUUUGAUACUACUCUCAAAAGCUUUAGGGCCUGUUCUAAUACCUGCUUGGGGUAUAGGGAUUGAUCAAUAUAAUGAAUUUAUCGAAGUUUUACCGGACGAAUUGACCGAGUACAAGACUUUUACAAAUAUUCAUGUUAUUUAUUCCCAAAAACUUAAUAGAUUAUUUCAUUCUCCAGUUACCGUUUACAAAGAUUAUUAUGGAAUUCUCGGAUUACAAAAAAAUGUUAAUAAAUCAGAUAUUAAAAAAGCAUAUUAUAUGCUUGCAAAAAAGAAUCACCCUGACACUAAUAAAGAUCCAACGGCAAAAGAACUGUUUGUAAUGAUUCAAGAGGCUUAUGAUGUGUUAAGUGACGAUCAAAAACGUAUACAAUAUGAUCAAUUGGGUGUAUUAUAUAAUGGAAAAAGAUCCCCGAGUAGUGGUGUUAGAUUUAACGUCGAAAAUAUUGGUGGAUUUUCCGGUGGAUAUGACGAAGAAAACUUUAAUAAUAUAUUUGGAGAAAGAUUAGCUGUAUUUUGGUUCACAGGAGUGUGCAUUUUAUAG